AUGUUUCUUUCUAGAAGAAUUAUUUUAUUCUUAAUUAUUAACUUUACUUUAUUAUUACAAUUAUUCAAAUUGACUUUAUUCACCAAAAACAAAUUAGUUGCUACUGUUUCGACAUCUUUACUUUUAUUUAUUUCAUUAUAUUAUUUAACCACCUCAACAACAUCGACAUUAGGUUCAAAAUUAUCAUCAACAUUUAAUAUCAAUAUCAUCAUACCCAAAUUUCUCCGUAAUAUUAUGAAUUCAGCAAGAUUUGGUAGUAGUAGACCAUUUUCAAGAUUUAGUUAUAAUAAUAAUUCCAAAAAAUCAAAAGAACAAAAUUUUGCAAUUAAAAAUGGUGGUGAAAUUGGAGGAAUUAGUAAUGAUGGUAAUACAUGUUUUAUGAAUUCUGUUAUUCAAUCAUUAGCUUCUUCAAGAGAAUUAUUAAAAUUUAUUGAUCUGUAUUUAUAUACUGAAAUUGAAUUAGAUAAAAAACCUAAUGGUGAAUCAAUAAUUAUGAAAUCAAAUCAACCUAAAUCAGAAUUAGUUUUCACAAAUGCAUUGAAAAAAUUGUUAGAUAAUAUAAAUGGGAAAUAUGGUUCAAGAGGUAAAGAAUUUAGUACUAAACCAUUAUUAAAUAAAAUGCCAAAUGGUCCUAAACAAAAUUUUUUCAGUGGUUAUAAUCAAGAAGAUGCUCAAGAAUUUUAUCAACUAGUUAUGAAUUUAUUGGAAAGAGAAUAUAAAAAAAUGAAUUCUUCAAGAUUACCAACCCCUGAACCUGAAGACAUGAACAAUGAUAAACUGCAAGAUAAUUCUACUGCUACUAGUGGUGGUAGUAAAUUUAUUGAUGUUAGAAAUAUCAAAAGUGAUGUUGUUAGUGGUUGUGAUAAAUUGGGUAAAUUAGGUACAGUAUAUGUACCAGCAGCCCAAGUUGAUCCUAAUUUGAGUGAUGCUGAACAUAAAGUAUUGCCAUUAGAAUUAAUAACUCCGGUUGAUGGGAUUUCUGCUGAACGUAUUGGAUGUUUGACAUGUGGUGAAGUUGGUGGUAUUCGUUAUUCAGUGAUAAGUGGAUUGAGUUUAAAUUUACCAAGUACUUCAUCUUCAUCUUCAUAUUAUUCUGGAUUUGAUUUAUUUCAAUUAUUAAAUGAAUGGAUAAAUCCUGAAGUGAUUGAAGAUGUGAAUUGUAAUCGAUGUGGAUUAAUCCAAACGAAAAAUUUUUUGAUUGAAACUUUACAAGAAUUAAAAGAUAAAUCUGAUAAUUCUGAUAAAUUAAUAACUCAAUUUGAAAAAAGAUUACAAUUAAUUGAAAUUGAAUUAAACAAACAUUGUAUAACUGAUGAAGUUUUCGAAAAAUUGACAAUUAAAAAACAAAUUAAAAAAAGUAAAAAAUCAAAACAAAUAAUGUUAGAUCGUCCUCCACCAUUAUUAUGUAUUCAUAUUAAUCGUUCAGUAUUUGAUCCAAGAACUUAUAUGAUAGUGAAAAACCCAAGUAAUGUUUCUUUCCCUAGUAAACUCAAUUUAUCACCAUAUAUUGUUGAACCCAAAGAUAUAAAUAUGGAUGCAAGAUUACCAUUUAGAAAACAAGAUGAACAUUUCAUGUCAGAAAAAUCCCAUAAAAAUGGACCAAUUGGAAGAAAAUCCGAUGAAAAUCUUGAACUUGAACUUGAACUUGAACCUGUAUCCCCAUCUUCUUCAUCAACAUCACCAAUAUCAUCACCACAUUCAUCAGAUUCAUCAACAAGUUCCACUGGUUUUGAUAAAGCAAAAUAUGAAUCAGAAACAUUCACAACAGGUACUGUCACUGUGACAACCGAUUUAUCCAAUAAUAAUAAUAAUAAAACUCCACAAAAUGGAUUACUAUUAAAUUCAAAAUUAUUAUAUAAUUUAAAAGCAGUUAUAUCUCAUUAUGGAACUCAUAAUUAUGGUCAUUAUAUUUGUUAUCGUAAAUUUAGAGGGACAUGGUGGAGGAUUAGUGAUGAAUCGGUUUAUGUGGUUACAGAAGAAGAAGUAUUGAGUGGACAAGGCACAUUUAUGUUAUUUUAUGAAUAUGAUGAUGGAUUUAAAGAAGUUUUACAAGAUGUAACCGAUGAAGAAGAAGAAGAAAAAGAAAAAGAAGAAAAAGCCCCAGUGGUGAAAGAAAGUAAUGAAAAUAAACUCAAUAGAAAUAAUUUAGCUGGGUCUUUAAAUAGCAAUGAAAAUGAACAGGGAGCUGAAGCUGAUUCUGAUUCUGAGACAGAUGCCGAUGCUGAUGCUGAUAUCGAUGAAAAUGAUGUUGAAAAAGAAGAAGAUGAUGAUCAUAUAGAAUCAUUGAACAGCUCACUUGUGAAUAUCCAUGAUGGCACAGAAAGCGAUCAUCUACUUGAUAAAAACGAUAGUGAUAAUGAAAACAAUAAUGCCGUUGCUCAAUUCAAUAUUGCGGAAGCACAAGUACAUUUGUGA